CCUCUUACCACCCACAUCCGACAAAAUGGCACCCGCAGCAACCGGAGCCAAGAAGCAGAAGAAGAAGUGGUCCAAGGGCAAGGGUACGCACGCCUCCUCUCCAAUCCAUGCGCAUCGCGAAUACACAGCAAACAACCAUCGAUACCACAUUUCACCCAUCACUAAAAUCCAUCGCAUAUCGAAGCGGCUUAUUUCCACAUCUUCAAAUUCACGAUCCGCACUUCCCGAACGCCGCGCUCUAUUGCAUCAAAGGAAGGAACAGUUUCGCUGACAUGAUGCGCACACAGUCAAGGACAAGGCCCAACACGCCGUCAUCCUCGACAAGGCCACUUCGGACCGUCUCCAGAAGGAGGUUCAGUCCUACCGCCUCGUCACUGUCGCCACCCUUGUCGACAGACUGAAGAUCAACGGUUCUCUCGCUCGUCGUUCGCUCGCCGACCUCGAGGAGCAGGGCCAGAUCAAGAAGGUCGUCAGCCACUCCAAGUGCCUCGUCUACACCCGCGCUGUUGGCGGCACCGACUAAAUUCGAUCAUGACGACUCACGCAUUUGUCCGGAUGGAUUGAGGUCAUUUUUUGACGACGACAAC